AUGAAGUUCACUCUUCUCUCCAUCCUGGCUGCCUUCAGCGUCACCACAGCCAAUGCUGCGGUCACACUUCCUUCCACAGUGACCGUGACUUUGACUGAGCCCACCGCUGCCCCUGUCACCAUUACGCCCCCCACUCUUCCCCCUGUGACGGCCACCAUCACCAUUCCGACAGUAAGCGUCAUUACUGUCUCAAUAUGCACUGCUAGCAUCCCAACUGUGACCGAGACUGUGACGCUUUAA